AUAAAUAAAGUAAAAGUCUUGUGGGGUUUAGAUAAAUUUCAAGUCCUUUGCUUUGUGGGGCUUUGAUAGCAGAAGUAGCGAUCUGGGUUUUCUUCUUAUUUGAUUGGAGAGUUGGCGUACUUGAGUUGGGAGGGAACAGAGAAAUGGCGAGUUAUGGGGACGCGAGCCAGAAGAUAGACUAUGUGUUCAAGGUGGUGCUGAUAGGGGACUCUGCGGUGGGCAAGUCUCAGAUUCUGGCCAGGUUUGCCCGGAACGAGUUUAGCUUGGACUCCAAGGCCACCAUCGGCGUCGAGUUCCAGACUCGGACCCUCCUCAUCGAGCACAAGAGUGUCAAGGCCCAGAUCUGGGACACUGCCGGACAAGAACGAUAUAGAGCGGUUACAAGUGCGUACUACAGGGGUGCUGUUGGGGCAAUGCUGGUAUAUGAUAUAACCAAACGCCAGACCUUUGACCAUAUACCACGCUGGCUGGAAGAACUGCGUAGCCAUGCCGACAAGAACAUAGUCAUCAUUCUGAUAGGCAACAAAAGUGAUCUUGAGAACCAGCGUGCAGUCCCCACUGAAGAUGCCAAAGAAUUUGCCCAAAAGGAAGGCCUUUUCUUCCUGGAGACCUCAGCACUGGAAGCAACAAAUGUGGAGAACGCUUUCUCGACUGUGUUGACAGAGAUAUUCAACAUUGUUAACAAGAAAAGCCUUGCUGCCAACGAAAAUCAAGCUAAUGGAAACCCUCCAUCUUUGACUGGUAAGAAGAUCCUUGUCCCAGGCCCUGCACAAGUAAUCCCAGCUAAGAGCAAGGUGUGCUGUACAUCGUGAUUCAACAGGACCGUGGAUUUAUAAACAUCGGAUGCUUUCUUCGACAUUCUUAAUACUAGCAAAUUUUGAGGGGUGUGAUAUAUUUCCUUUGUAUAUUUUUCUCAUUGCUUUGCUUUUAGUUUGCAUCAGCUGAUUAAUCGCAUGUUUUCAAAAUUGAAAUGAAGAACUAGACGAGCCUGAUUUGGGUAUGCCCGUUGUUGAA